AGGUGAGCACGGGGCAAGCGGAGGGAACGGGGCCACUUCUCAUCCAGACCAGCUAGCAAGAAGUCUUAUAUCGGAGAGGGGUCGUCAUAUCUUAAAUUACAAGAUGCAUGUUGUGGCUGUGCUCUUCGGGCUGACUCUGGCUCAUUUCGCUUGUUCCCAAGGCGGAUACAACUUCGCUAACACGGGAUCUAUUCGUCAACCCUUUCAAGGUCAACGUCAACUUCAACCCUUCUUUGUUGCGAAUUUUAACCAACCGGGCUUUGAUGGGAAUCUCCCAAACCAGCCGGGCAGUGAUGGGUCUUUCCUAAAUAUUCCUAACGCCGCUCCAGGCCAGUUUGCUCAAACUGGUGAUGGUCCUUUCGUUGGUGGCUUCCCUAACUUCGCUCCAGGCCAGUUUGCUCAAACUGGUGAUGGUCCCUUCGUUGGUGGCCAGUUGGUUGAGGGAUUUCCCGGUUUAGUUUCCUCUAGACCUCAAAGUGCUGGUAUGUUGCCACUACAGCUGGUUCCAUCCUUCGUGGAUAGUCAAACACCUGUCGCUGGUGGAUCCCUCACCGGUCAGGUCUUCAAUGCCCAAGCCGGCUUCCAGGGUGCUGGUUUUGAUGCCCAGUUCGCCAGGAGUGUUAUCACUAAGCCAAUCACCCCCACUGUCACUCAGACUUCUACCAUCGACAGUUUCCAAACUUUAACAGAUUUGGUCUUGCACAGCGUGCCAGUCACCCAGACUCACUUCACUUUACUCACCACUACACAACUAACCCGCGUCGUUGUUCCCACCCCUGUGAAUGACUUGAUGGAUCUCGAGACUACUGUGAUUGCUAGCCCAAUGUUCGUUACGAUAACUGAAACUUACUCACACUUCCGUGUAGUUGUCCGGACGUCGAUCAAUUACGUCACGCUUACCCACACUUCUUACGCUAUUACGCAUGUCCCCUACACUAUCACUGCUACCCAAACUGUUCGCGUGACCUCCCCAAUGGUGAAAACGGUCAUCCAAACUUCUGUCCACGGUGUUACGGACUAUCGCACUGUCGCCCACACUGUCUACGUCCACGGAGGAUACGCUUAAUAUAUAAUAUUUUGUUCUAAGAGAAUGAGCAAUUUAAAUAAAUCAUGAUUUAUCA